CUUAUACCGUGUACAGCCUUACAACUAUCUACUUCACUUGAUGGCCACAGCUGCCAUAAACAGAGUCCAGUGCUUUAUUAUUUUAUGGUUUGGUUAAUAUAUAGGACUAACCCGCGGAUGAGUUAUUUUUAUUACUUUGUUUUCGGUAAAUUUUACUUUAGGACAAGAGUCAAUGUUGGUCUUGGUGACUUACACUCGUUAUUACACUUAGAACACUUCACUGAGGUUGGUAGAACACCAUAAGAUCUAAAAAAAUGCUAUUGGUUGUUCGUUUUUAACUCCAUAUAAUUGAAGUGACACCCAGCGCAGACUUCCAUGGUCGGAAAUGUAUUUGAAUUUCGAAGUAUGAGAGGCCCAAAAUCACAAUCGAAUCUGAUUGGGCAAAAAAUACUGUCAAUUCUAAAAGCAGAAACCACAAUUAAUUUUAAUUGGUGGCAAAAACAAACAAAUCGCUUUUGAUUGGCCGCGUGACAUGUACGAGAACGCAUGCGCAUGACGAUUUAUGUAAUUUUCCCGGCAUAUAUAUGAAAUUGAACUGGUUUGUGUGCCAGGUCAGUUGUGAAGUGGAAAAACCUUUGCAGUGAGAUGUGCAUGCACUAGUUGGAAAACUAGGAACCUAUUGGGGGUGCCAAAUACAGUUGUUGAGAUAGAUGGGGGUAAAUUGGUAAGAGGAAGUUUUAUCAUGGGUGCCUACUAGUGAAGAGAGUCUGGGUGUUUGGCAGCAUUGAGCGUGGAUUGGGCCGCAUGUUCAUUGUAUCAGUGGAACAAGGAGAUGCAAACACCCUAGUUCUUCUAUGCCAGAAAUUCAUUCUACCAGGCACCACUGUCUAUAGUGACUGCUGGAAAGCCUGUGCCAGCUUGAGGUCAUUGCGAUUCUACCACACGACAGUUAACCACAGCCAACACUUUGUAGACCCUGUUACUAAUAUGUACAUGAACAACGUGGAACAGUUGUGGAAGGAUAUAUAGUCCUGGGUUCUGAGGGAUGGCAACAGGGACUACCACUACAGGCACUAAUUCACUCACUAACUGUUCUGCCACUUUCACCGACACUAUACCACAAUCAUUCACCUCUUCCUCAAGACUGUGGCUCGCCGCUUCCCCCAGUCUCAGUAACAAUGGCAGUAGAAGAUCUGGAGCCUCUCACCAGAACAGAUCAUGAUGAUGAAGGAGAGACAGAGGAGAGAGGAAAAGACACUGGGGAGACUCUCAAUACCCUCUUGACCACAGCUCUUCAUAAACAUGCUGCUCGAAAACUUGGGAAAAAACUUAACAAGAAAAAGAAGGAUGAGGUUAAGACUGAAGACAACUCUCACCAGGAAACUGACAAAAAAAAGAAGAAAGAGAAAAAGAGUAAGACACUAAAGAAAAAAGAUAAAAAAGAUGCCAUUGAGCUGCAAGUAGUGAAGGAGACCAAAGACUUAAAGCAGAGCAGACAGGAAAAGAAAAAUGAGGUUGAGAGGCAGCAGGAGGACGAUGCAGACCAGGAACAACAGGGACACAGGAGGGAAGAGAAGAGUCAGAUUCGACACCUACAGGAUUUAUCAAAGGAAGAUGAGGGUAAUGAGAGGAGUGGAGAUGAACCAGAGGCUGCAGAACACCUUACUAGUGCCAUUGUCAGGUCCUCAACACAGGAGUACCUGAAGGCAGUCUCAGUACCAAAAAAGAUGCCAACUGUGAAAUCCAGGAGAACUACAAACAGUUCAGAUAAAGUGCUUGGCAUCACGGUCCAUUGUGCAGACCGUUUUGAAGGCUCACCUCUGCUGUUGCCGCAUCCAGUGGUGCAGGUGCAUAUUAGCAACAGUGAUACAGGCCAGUGGCUCCAAAAAUUAAGUAAAGAUCGUAAAGUUACUUCUUAUUAUGAGGGGAGUGAAGUUGACUAUAUCCUUCCCAUCAUGACCCAGCCAUAUGAUGUGAAGAAAGAAAGGAGUCUGUAUUGUAAGUGGGAAGAACAGCUGACAAUUAACGAACCAAGUAACCAUUUCACCUCGGAUGAACCCCAAGUGCUAAUAUUCUUUCAGCUCAUGGAUUUUCUUACCCCAUCCACUUGUGACUCCAGUGCUCCAUCUAACCAAAAGUUGGAUUCUAGAAACUGUGGAUGGAUCACCUUUGCUUGGGCUUUCCUCAAAAUCAGAGGUGCUAAUAACCAUGUUAAUAUUGGUCAACAGUUACGAUUACAAUUGUGGAGGCCCAGAAAAUCCUCCAAGGUAGAACUUAGAGACAUUUACAGCUGGUGGAAGAGUGGGAGCAGGAACAAGUAUCCGUCAACACUUCACGUCACCUUGCAGGAAGUGUCCAUUCCCCAGAAUCCUCGUCCUGCCCUAAGGUCUAUGCUUGCCACGCAACAAGAACAGGGUGGAGGCACUGCCUUCGUGGAAAUGCUGGAUCAAUCCUCCAUCAGCGGAUCAAGUCAUAGUCCCAUCGCUGGUCAGAACAAACCUGCUGUGAACUGGGGACGAAAACCCAACCAGUCAUGCAAGAUCCUUAAUUCUGUUAAGCAUUGUUUGUCACACACUGAUAAGGGAUGCCUUGUUGUUAAAUUUUCAAAUGAUGGUCUAAAACUUGCCUGUGGAUCUUACAAACAAAUUCUUAUAUAUGAUAUCAUCACAGGACAGUUAGAACAAGCACUGCCUGGUCACCUUGGUCUUAUUUAUGAUAUUUCUUGGAGUGAUAAUGAUUAUUUGUUACUAACAGCCUCAGCUGACUCAACAGCAAGAAUUUGGCAUGUCGACACUGGGAAAGAAUGUGACCAGGGCCAGGUGUUGACUCACCCUUCGUAUGUGUAUGUUGCUCGCUUUGUGCCUGCCAGAUCACAAGUUGUCGUCAGUGGCUGCUAUGAUCACGUACUCAGGGUUUGGUCGUGUAGUAAUUCGGGUCGGUACUCUGUUGCCCAGGAAUUAUCAAAUCAUCUUGGGUUUGUUAAUGCAUUGUGCUUUAAUGCUGAUGGAACUAUACUUUUCUCAGGAGAUAAACAAGGUGUUAUUCUAGUCUGGAGUGUUGAUGUUCCCCAAAAAGAUAAAGGGAAGAAAAAGACAAAAAUACUUACCUUACAACAUGAAGUUAAGAUCCGUGAUAUUGUUGGCAACAUCAUCAACUCGAUCUCCUUUCAUCCUGGUGGGUUCCGGUUGCUGGUCCACACCAGAGACAGUCAACUGAGACUUGUUAAUCAUAAACAUUGGACAAUUACUCACAGACUCCGAGGUUUGCUAAAUGUGCGAGAACAAGUGCGAGGGUGUGUCAGCCCCUGUGGCACAUGGGUAAUAUCAGGUAGUGAAGACUGUGGACUUUAUGUGUGGAACUCGGAUACAGGAGACAUGACUUCAGCUUUUAUGGAUCUUCCAAUAAAUGGAACAAUAUCUUGUGUUGACUAUCAUCCACAUGAUAAUAUGAUGGCAUUAUGUUCAUACUCCAGUGAAGCUCCUGUUCUUAUUCUGGUGUAUAAUCAAGAAAGUUUACCAGCCAAUACCACUAUUCCCAUGUCUGUUCAACCAGCUGCCUCAGGAAGUUUACAGACCUCUUUAGGAGGAAGUCCAAGCCCUAGUCAGAUGCCUCAGAAACAACCUGUCUACCUAAGUCUUAAUAAUCAGAAUCACACAAUGUCUAAUACCAUGUCUUCCCCAGUGAAGUGUCAGUCCACAUCUCAAGAGUUGAGAGACUCAGAAAUGAAAACUUUUUCAUAUAGUCAGUCAGUUGUAGAGAGAAAGACAACAAUCUUUGCCCAUAGUCAGUACUCGAAGAACAGUGAUCAAGCUUUGAGAGAGAGACGGCUCCUGUUACACCAAGGAGAUAAGAUUCUUCAGAAAUUAGACUUGGUGUUGAAAAUGGCGAGUGAAGAUCCAUUAAACAUGUCUGGGAGCAGAAUGAUAGGCAGCAAGAGUGAAGGAGUUGUACCCUUGGGUCAACUUGCCACAGUUUUGUAUGAUUACCACAGCAAUGAAACAGAUGAAUUAUCUGUUAAGCAAGGUGAUUAUGUAAUGGUAGUCCAGGAAAUUAAUGUGGACUGGUGGCUUGUGCGCACUGCAGACAGUAAAGCAACUGGUCUUGUACCUUCAUCGUACCUUCAACAGCUUCCGGGUGAACUUUGUCAACAACAACAAGAUGAAAUGGACUCUGGAAAAGUAAUUGCAGUACCAUCAAGUUCUGGAGAUGUCAGUUUCAUUUCUGAUGUUGAAGGAACCCCAAGCAAAGCUCGUGCACGGAGACACAAAGUGAAAGCAAUAUCAGCGAAGAUAAUCACCUCAGUUCCAAAAAGCAAAUAAGAUUAUAAAGCAAAUACCCUGUACUGUAGUUUGAUGUAAAAACAUAGCUGUGUUGUUUGGUAAUACAGUGAGUUCUCGCUUAACGUCAGGGUUAUGUUCCUGAAAACGCGACGUCUUACGAAACAACGUUAAGUGGAUCAAUUUUCCCCAUAAGAAAUAGAUAAAAUACGGGAGAUAUAGGUCCUCUCAGGCAUCCUCGUCCAAAAGACACCAGUUUCAUCCACAUUG